AUGUCAAGCAGAAGAUCAUCCUCAGGAGCUUCUAAACUCGCAGAUGAUGAGAUUAAGGAGCUCGUCUUAAAAUUAAAACCUCUGCUACCCCAGCUUGAUCAUAGGCGCAACGCAUCGGUAUCAGCAUCAAGCAUUUUGGAAGAAACUUGCAGUUACAUAAGGAGGCUGAAUAAAGAGGUAGACGAUCUGAGCCAAAGACUAUCUCAACUCCUGGAUUCUGCAGACAUCACUGAUGUUGAUGAACAGCUUAUUAGAAGACUUUUCCAACGUUAA